AUGCGGACAUCAACCUGGAGGACAUUGAAUGUCCUCACGAAACGGUUCUUCCAGCCACACACCCCUCAUUCCUUCAAGCAACUAUUAGUUCCACCGACGAUCGCCUCUCGCUUCCGCACCAUGGCGUCGUCAACGUCUCACCCUAUCGUGUUGAGCCAGCCCGUGAGGCUUGCUUGUGUACAACUUGCCUCGGGGGCCGACAAGGCAGCCAAUCUUUCCCAUGCCUCCGACAAAGUACGCGAAGCCGCAGCAACGGGUGCCAAAAUAGUCGUACUUCCGGAAUGCUUUAACUCUCCUUACGGAUGCGACUAUUUCCCCUCCUAUGCCGAAACCUUAUUGCCGUCACCACCGUCACGAGAGCAAUCACCAUCCUACCAUGCACUGGCCGCCAUGGCGCGCGACAACGGCGUUUAUCUAAUUGGUGGAUCGAUCCCUGAGCUUGUCGAAGAUUCAACCACAUCACCACCGACAAAAACCUACUACAACACCUCGCUCACCUUCUCUCCCGCCGGAGACCUUCUUGGCACCCACCGCAAGGUCCACCUCUUCGACAUCUCUAUCCCGGGCAAAAUCACUUUCCGAGAAUCCGACGUACUUUCCCCGGGCAACUCGCUCACUAUCGUGUCCCUUCCACCUUACGGCCGUGUCGCCAUCGCCAUCUGCUACGACGUGCGUUUCCCCGAGCUCGCCACCAUUGCUGCCCGGCGCGGCUGCUUCGCGCUGAUCUAUCCGGGUGCUUUCAACACGACGACCGGCCCGCUGCAUUGGUCUUUGCUAGCGCGGGCGCGGGCGGUAGAUAACCAGCUCUACGUGGCGCUCUGCAGUCCCGCGAGGGAUAUCAAUGCAAACUAUCAUGCGUGGGGGCAUAGUCUGGUGGUAGACCCGAUGGCGCAGGUGUUGGCGGAGGCCGGUGAGGACGAGUCGGUGGUGGUUGCCGAGCUGAGUGGGGAGAAGAUCGAGGAGACGAGGAGGGGGAUCCCACUGCGGGAUCAGCGGCGGUUUGAUGUGUACCCUGAUGUGAGUGAGGGGGCUAAGGUUGACUGA